ACGUCAACUCAGAUAAAAAAAAUCAUUAGCCAAUUGUAAAUUCAUCAGAUCCAGGAAAAUUGUUUCGAAUACAUGAUCUUCUACUCUGAAUCCAUGUUUCGAAUUCAGAACGUUUAUUCUGAAUUCGAGUUUGGUCCACUUCAGCUGCUAGAGAGUUUAAAGCCAUUAAUUAGCAGUAGUUGUCAAGCUUUUUCCAGCCAUGGCUUCUUCUGCCCUCAAGUGCCCUCCGUUUGACUUCGCGGCCGAGUACUACCGGGAGGCAGUGGGUGGCUGCGUUCGACAGAGCAGCUUCUUUAACGACAAGGCUGUUCUUGAUCAAGGCAUAGGUUAUUCUGUUAUUCUUGGUUUUGGUGCCUUUUUUGCUGUCUUCACAUCUUUCCUGGUAUGGCUGGAGAAUCGGUACAUAGGAAGUCGGCAGACGUCGGAAUGGUUCAACACAGCAGGGAGGAGUGUGAAAACAGGGCUAAUUGCUAGUGUGAUUGUGUCUCAGUGGACAUGGGCUGCUACCAUUUUACAAAGCUCCAAUGUUGCUUGGGAGUAUGGGGUUAGUGGGCCAUUUUGGUAUGCCAGUGGGGCUACAAUUCAGGUUCUUCUAUUUGGAAUAAUGGCUAUAGAGAUCAAAAGAAAGGCCCCAAAUGCCCACACCGUUUGUGAAAUUGUAAGAGCUCGUUGGGGAACUCCUGCACAUAUAGUCUUCCUCAUUUUCUGCUUCAUGACAAACAUCAUAGUAACAGCCAUGUUGCUCCUCGGCGGUUCAGCCGUGGUUAACGCGCUCACUGGAGUGAACAUUUUUGCCGCAAGCUUUUUGAUACCGCUCGGAGUUAUUGUAUAUACAUUGGCUGGAGGAUUAAAGGCCACUUUCUUGGCUAGCUAUAUACAUUCUGUAAUAGUUCAUGUGAUUCUAGUCAUAUUCGUGUUCCUUGUUUAUGUAUCAAGUAGCCAACUUGGUAGCCCGAGUGUUGUAUUUGAUCGUUUAAUGGAGGUAGCAAGCAAGUCCAGAAUAUGCCAGGAACCAAUUUCCCAUGAUGGACAAUCUUGUGGCCCUGUUUCUGGGAACUUCAAAGGCUCCUAUGCAACAAUGUUGAGUUCAGGAGGGCUCGUUUUUGGGAUUAUUAAUAUCGUAGGAAACUUCGGUACUGUUUUUGUCGACAACGGAUAUUGGAUGAGUGCAAUUGCUGCAAGGCCUUCAUCAACUCAUAAGGGAUAUUUGGUGGGAGGGUUGGUCUGGUUUGCAGUUCCAUUCUCUUUAGCAACCUCACUUGGCCUUGGGGCACUUGCCCUUGAUCUACCAAUAACGGCAGACGAGGCUAGUCGUGGGCUCGUGCCACCUGCCACUGCUAUAGCUUUGAUGGGAAAAGGAGGAUCUGUUCUUCUCCUUGUCAUGCUUUUUAUGGCGGUAACAUCUGCUGGUUCAUCUGAGUUAAUAAGUGUAUCAUCCUUGUGCACGUACGAUAUCUACCGAACUUAUGUAAAUCCUAAUGCGAGUGGAAAGAGCAUCCUAAAAGUAUCAAGAGCUGUUAUUCUAGUGUUUGGAUGUUUCAUGGGGUUGCUGGCAAUAGUUCUUAACAAGGCAGGAGUGUCAUUGGGAUGGAUGUAUCUUGCCAUGGGAGUGUUGAUUGGCUCAGCAGUUAUUCCCAUUGCUUUCAUGCUCUUGUGGAGUAAAGCAAAUUCGAAAGGAGCUAUUCUCGGAACUACCAUUGGAUGUGUUCUUGGAGUUGUUACAUGGGUCUCGGUCGCAAAGAUCGAAUAUGGCAAGGUUAACUUGGAUACUACGGGUAAAAAUGCACCUAUGCUUGCUGGAAAUCUUGUCUCUAUACUUUCAGGUGGAGUUAUUCAUGCCAUAUCUAGCCUAUUGUCACCUCAAAACUAUGACUGGGAGACCACAAGGGCGAUUUCGACAGUUGAAAAGGACAAAGGUGAUAUUCCAACCGAAGAGUACACGGAAGCAAAAUUGAUUAAAGCAAAAGCCUGGAUAAUGAAAUGGGGUAUUGGAUUUACCAUAGUAAUUGUUGUAUUAUGGCCUGUUUUCUCUCUUCCAAUAGGAGAGUUUAACAAGAAAUACUUCACACUUUGGGCAAUAAUAUCAAUAGCAUGGGGAACAAUAGGGUCUGUUGUGAUUAUUUUCUUACCCUUGGUUGAAAGUUGGGAAACUAUCCGGGACGUGACGCUAGGAAUGUUUACAAAUGAUCGACUCAUCGAAAAGGUCGACGAAAUGAACCUAAAGUUGCAUGCUUUAGUCAUGGCUCUACCUGAAGCAGAGAGAAUUUACUUACUUGAGAAGGAGAAAGCGAGGAAAAAGGGCUUGUUAGAUAUACAUGAUCAUUCUCCAUAGCCACCUGAAAGAUGCAUAUAUAUUUAGAAAUUUGAUACAUAUCUUAUACAUAUCUUGUAAUUUCUUAGACCCUUUCAGCACAACUAAACGUUACUUGAAAGUUAGCCCAUGUUUUCAAGAAUGUGUUAUUUCACCAGAUUUCGUGUGGGCAAUAGUUUGAAGUUGCUUGUUUAUGUCAUGAGUAGGAGCUUCGUUUGAUCCUUGGCUUUGUAAACUGUCAGCCAUAAAUGCAACAUAGCAGGAGGCUACCUAAUACCUUCGUGUAAAUCUGAAUUUGUUGUUAUGAAUAAACAAAAAUGAUUCGA